GAGAGAGAGAGAGAGAGAGAGAGUUGAAAAUGGUGAAGAGAGAGGAGUUCCUGAGAGAAAAUGACCACAACGAAAAUUCUUCUGUCUCCCGCAGCGACUUCCCUCCAAACUUCGUCUUCGGAGUUGCCACUUCUGCAUACCAGAUAGAAGGUGGUUGCAAGGAGGGUGGUAGAGGUCCUAGCAUAUGGGAUGCCUUCUCACACACUGACGGAAAAAUUAUUGACAAAAGCAAUGGUGAUGUUGCAGUUGAUCAUUAUCAUCGGUACAUGGAAGAUAUUGAUCUAAUAGCCAAGUUGGGAUUUGAUGCUUACAGAUUUUCCAUUUCGUGGUCUCGUAUUUUUCCUGAUGGCUUAGGAACCAAAAUCAAUGACGAAGGGAUAACUUUUUAUAACAACAUUAUAAAUGCUCUUCUUGAAAGAGGCAUACAACCUUAUGUAACGUUGUACCAUUGGGAUCUUCCUCUUCAUCUUCAUGAGACAAUGGGAGGAUGGUUAAAUAAACAAAUCGUGUAGGUCUCAUGUAAUUGAGUUUUUAUUCUACAAUCUG